UGUGUGAGGAACCGGACUUGAAGCCGGACCUGAACCUGGACUUGAUCCUGGACCGGAGCCAGGCCCCGAACCAGGACUUGAACCCGGAGCUGAACCAGGACCGUCUCCUCGGCGGUGAAGUCCCGUCUGCGCGCUGAUGGGGGACAGUUCAGACUGCAGCGUCCUGCAGCGGAGCCACACCGGGACCGGGGUCGGGGCCGGGACCGGCACCGGGACGGUGGUGAAGCUGGAGUCGGGUCUGCCAUGUCUGCCAGGUCUGCCGGGCCUGACCCCCCCUCAGGAGUCAGAGCUUCACUUCCUACGGUCGCGGGUUCGAGAGCUGGAGAGGGAGAAGUCUGAGCUGGUGGCAGAGAACCACAGACUGAAGAACAUGCUGGUCCACGAAAUCCCUGGGCUCCUGUCCACCAUGUGGCAAACGAUAGGUCAGGCCAACGGCCACCAGUCCGCCUCCAUGGCAGCGGAUAACACUUACCAUCAGUACUCGCAUCAGAACCACAUGACAGCUCAGGACCCGGAAUUCAGCCCCGAGGUCCACAUCAAGCAAGUCCACGAGGAGCUCAGCGAGGACCUGUCCUGGGCCCCGCUGGGCUCCGACGACGAGGAGGUGUCAGGAGGAGCCCACCUGGUCCUGGGGAGCCACAUGGGGGAGGAGGCGCCGCUCUGCAGCCAGACUGACAUGGAGGAGCUGAGGAGGAGCUGCUCAGAGAGCCAGUGCACCGCCGGAGACCAGAACGUCCAGGUAAGAACCCCAGCGGGUCACGGCCGAUCCGGCCUGGACUGCGUCCAGGCUGAGACUGCCGGCUGUGUCCAGGUGAGCCAGGUGGAGGUGUACCCAGGUUCUGGAGUGCUCUGCGACGGUCGAUCGUGGCAGGCGGCCAAUCAGGCGCAGUCUCCCACGGCGAUGGCCCGCAUGCUGCUGCUGGGCGUGUUUGAUACGACCACACUGAUGAACAGUAAUCUGCGAGGGGGGCGGAGCCGCCGGCCCGCCUUUCAGCAGCAACGCAACGCGCUCGACCCACACAAGACCAACGCCAUCUUCAAUGCUAUUUUGGCUCGGUUUCCUCUCGCCAAGAAAGGCGUCAUCGGCUCCUGUAUCAACUCUAAACUGUCCGAGAUGAGGUUCCGGUCCCGGAGAGCCAAUAGAGAACAACACUUCUUCUGACAGACGGCUUGGCGCUCUGCCUACCUCAUAGAUGGAAAAAAGACUGUAAGAGAUCAAAACGUCCAGCAGCUGGACCAAUGGGAUCGCAGCAUCCAGAUGCUGGACCAAUGGGAUCGCAGCAUGCAGCAGCUGGACCAAUGAGAAACCUCCAAGCAAACAUGAUUUGAAGUUCAGGUUCUGGUGUCAAAAGUGUUUGUAACAUGUUUUAAUGUUUGUUUUUACAUUUGUGUUGUUGACAUGUUCAAUGUUUGUCAUAAAUUAUCAAUAAAGUUUAAUUCAA